UCUCCCUGUCUAUAUUCUCUUCUAAAAGCGGCUUUUUCGUUUUUCGGAUAAUUAAAAUCGACUACUGGUCUUCCAAAUUGAAAAAUGUGGAAUCGAAUCCGAUAGAAAUAUUCAAAAUAUACUAUUUCUGCCGUUAUUUUUCUACUGAUCUCUUAUCUUGCUAAGCCGAUUUGAGCGCUGAUAUCAUUAUGCUUUGGUUUCAUAUCACAAUUCUCCUCAUCAUUUCAUCAUUUAUCUCCUUGAUAGCUUCUCAACAAAUUUGCACAGAUCAAGAUUACGAGUUCACGUACACAAACUGUGAUGAAAAUGGAGAACGGUGGAGAGUUGCGGUGCCACGUGGCGGAAUGCAAUGCUCCAAUUUACCGACUCCGAGGAGAGGGUUGAAUUGCUCAUUUUCCUGUGAGCCGGGGCACUAUCUCGAUUUGGACAGUCAACAUUGCCGACCGUGCAAUCCUGGAUUUUUCAGUCUUGGCGGUGGAAUCAGAUACGAGGAAUUCGUAACUCUGCCCAGUGGGUUUUCAGUAGACAAUAUGGAUUCAAAUCCAGAUGCACAGUUUUCAAAUCGACAGAGCCAGGUGGUCGAGUGUCCUAAAGAAGCCGGUUGGGUUGUCAAGGACGGUGAGCUGAUCUACAUUCCAACACCGUGUGUGUCAAAACUCUCGUUUUCCGCGAAUCUUGUUCGACCUGGAUCCGUGGAGUUUACAUAUAGAAUGCCCCGUAACAACCGAGCACUUUCCAUGCAAGUUGACAUUCGAAAUGAGCAAUGUCAGAGUUACAAUGACGUUGCCAAGUCAAUGUUUUUGAAGUAUACGAAAAAAGAAAAAGAUGAGGAGGAGAAGAACGGGGACUGGCGGAAACGGAGGAUUGAGUUGAAGAGUGGAGCCAAUGUAAUUUCAUGGAUUAUACAGAAUAAUAUGGGGUAUCAAGCAUCUAAUCAACCAAUUCAUAUCGAUCGAAUUGAUGUUCUUGGAUUGGCUUUUACUAGACAAUGCACCGCCUGUCCCCCGGGAACAAGUUCUCCUGGAGGUUCAGCUGAGUGUAUUCCAUGCUCUCCUGGCUCAUUUUCUUCCAAGGGAUCCGGACAGUGCGGUAGAUGCCCGGAAUCUCAAUAUUCUGGUUUCAAAUCUGAAAAGUGUAUUGAUAGACCACCGUGUCGAGUAUCCGACUACUAUCCUGUUCGUGAGCCCUGUACAAAUGGGUCAAGUCGGGCGGUUUAUAAGAAAGUUCUUCCAUCGAUUUGUCGAGACGAUUUACCAUCUGCAACAAAGCUUCCACCUCCUACUCCAUGGAAAACAUGUCCGAAAUGUAAUCCUGGAAUGGAGAAGAAUAAGUUGGGAGUUUGCGAGUUUUGUAAAAAGGAUUACUUUUCCGAUGGAAAUUCUUGCUCUCGUUGCCCAGUCGACACUGUGCCAAACUAUGGGUUGCAAUAUCAAAAUUGGGAAGUUCUACCGCCAAAGUUGAGUACAAGAUGUGAAUAUAUUUCUGAAGAUGUGGCAACUGCUUGUAACAUUGGCGAUGCUUGGAUUCCAUCUGGUGAUUCCCUGAUCUCCGCUCCUUCUCUGGAACUUGGAAUCGCUUUCGAGCUGAUUUUAUCGAUUGAUGAAGGAUUUUGGAAUCCUCUGGCACCUAAACCAUCAAAAACUAUGAAAGUUCCAGUGGCCCAAGUCACAAUAGUCUUUGAAACUUCAUGUGCAGAUGAAUCAUGUGCUUUGUAUUUUAUAGAAGACAUGUCAGCUGGAAUAAAAGGUCAAAGAGAAUCAUUUUAUCAUUUCCUUGCCGCUUUCAAUGGAUCCAAUUCAAAAAGAGUUUGGAGUCAUACAGUGACAAAGAAUACUCCUGCAAGGUUUAUGGUCGCAUUUCUAAGAUCAGGAGUUUCUUCUGGAGACGAUAAAAUAUCCGAUGAGACCCGGAUCUACGCAAUCAACGUCACAAACGUCGGACAUCGUGGAGGCCAGGGCGGUGGAGCAUCUCAAUGUCUAACAUGUCCACAUACAGCUGGAGGAGAGACUUGUGUCCCGUGUCCCGCUGGAAAUUAUAUGCAUGAAGUGACGAAACUUUGUGUUUCAUGUCCAUUGAAUACUAUCAUUAAUGUCACAUCAAGUAGAGUUGGAGUGAAAAGUUGUGUGCCUUGUGGACAGGGAUUGACGUCAAAUGAUGGAGUUUCUUGUACAGCAAUGGGAAAGAUUCAGUUGAAUCAGGGGAUUGGUGGAAAGGGAAAUGAUUCUUCGUUUACCUAUGAUUUUUCGCCGUUUGUUGGGAGAUCAUGGAACAUCUCCGGAGUGCGAGUAUUCUCCCGAGAGGGUGCUGCCUAUUAUCACUUUUUCUCAGUUUCCCUGUUCCCUCCAAACAUUAAAUGUCAAGAACAAUUCGAUAAUUUCGAUAUGAUAGGAAUACUGGAUCAGGAUAAGGAGAAUGUUGAAGGAUUGGCUUGUCGAGUUACAGCACUGCCAACUCCAAGUUCAAAUCGAUCGAAAACUGCAUAUGUGACACCUUUAUUGUUGGCUGGACGUCUAGAUUCGAUUAGUUUGAAUCGAAAACAUGGAAAUUCAAGUUUGAGUGAUGAAGUGUUGGAAUAUGACAGUCACGACAACACGUCCCACCCGUUGGACGUAUUCUUCUGGUUUGAGCCAGUUUCAACAAUUUCACCAGCAUGUCCAAACGGCAAUCAAUUGGUAGUUGUAGCUCGAUGUGUUCCAACCAAAAAACAAAUGGAAAUGCGUCUUCCACAUAAUUGUCCCGAUGGAACUUGUGAUGGAUGUCUUUUUGUGAUUAUUAUGGAAACUGCACAGGCGUGUCCAGUCUGUGAAUCAAAUGAUUAUGAGACAAUUAAUGGAGAAUGUCUUAAUGGGAAACAGACUAUUCAUAGUAUUCCUAAAAAACAUUGCGUAAUAACCGGUGCAGCAUCACAGAGCAAAGAAGUCGCAUGCAGUGCAUUUACAGCAUUCCAAAGAGCAAUUCUCUCAAUUCUCGUGCUAUCAAUGAUAUUCCUUUCAAUUGGAUUUGUGUGUAUUUGUAGAAGAAAUCGACGGUUAGAAUAUAAAUAUACACGACUUAUUGAGUCACAUACUGGAGAAUUACCUGCUGUUGAGACUUGUGGAUUGGAUGAGGAUGAGGAUGAUGAUGAGCUACAGGAUCGUGUAAUAUUCUCAAAAGGGCGUCGAUCAGCUCCAAAUAACUCGAGAACAACAUUAAGAGAUCAUCGGGAAAAUGAUAAUGCUGCGUUUAUUUCAUUGGACAGUGAAGACUGAAUACCGGUUUAUUAAUUUUUAAAUGUUAAUUUCAAAAUCAUUGUUUCUUUUUUUGUGAUUUCUCAUAUCCCGUCCAUCACAUUUUGAUUUUCAUUUCUAUGAUUAUUUUCCCCGUUUUUUUAAAAUUUAAUUUUUUUUCUGGGUUUUUUUUUGGAAUUAAUUGUUCAUUAUUUCAUCUCUAGAAUUGCCAAAAAAUUUUUGAUUUUUUUUGCGAAGUUUGUUCAAAUAAAUAUUUCAUGAUUGUUUAAAAAAA